AUACACACAUACAUACACACAAACGAAUAGUGUUAUACAUUAGUUAAAUACAUACAUUACACACAUUUUCAUUUCUGUGACGCCUGGUGUCAAGUUAUUGGAGAUUUUACCAACUAAUAUUUACAUUUGAAGAAAUUCUUUGUAGUAGAAUAAAACUAUCUACACAAUUUAUUUUAAAUAGAAUAUUUUUAAUAAAGUGUCGUAAAAAAAUGAAAGUAAAAAGGAGUAAGUCUUUGUCGCCAGAGCCUUCGAGUAGUAGAGAUGCCAAAGUUCCUAAACUUUUUGACAAAACUUUAUCCACGGGGAAACUUCAAGAUGGUCAGCCUCAUAUUUUAGACUUCUCUGAUGAUGUAUUGCUCAAUAUUAUAAAAUUUUUAAGUCCUCAAGAUCUGAUGGCUUUAAGUUUAUGCUGUCAAAGAUUGAAUCAAGUUUCUCGUGAUAGAACUCUUUGGCGAAUUGUGGAUUUCAGAUCAAGACCUACCAAAAAUGAAGAUUUGAAAAAUGUGAUAAAAUUUUUACAGCCAUCUACGACCAGUAUUGCUAUUAACGGAAGACGUACAAUGAUAAAUGAAAGUGAAGAUAAUUUAGAAGAAUUAAAAAUUGAUUUUGUUUCCCAGAUUGGCAAAGUGUGCACUAACUUAAAAGAAUUAAUUAUUGAAGAGUAUUCAAUUAUCAGUAAAGAUAUAAAAAUUACGGAAUUCCCGUCGACGCUUGAAAAAUUAUCUCUCAAAGGAACCAAAGUAUCUCAUUUACCAACAAUAAAAUCGUACUUUUUUAAAAUGGAUCUUCAUAUGCAAAAUUUAAAAAUAUUAAUAGUAAGUGACUGUCAAUGGUUGACGGGUCAUUCGUUACUGGUAAUCAGUAAAAUCCUAAAACUUAAAGAAUUACGAUUGGAUUCUUGUAAACACCUUGGUGAUUGUGUAGCUUAUGCAAGUCUUGCCACAAGAUUUGGUUUUAAAACACUUGAAGUGUUAGAUCUGAGACGUACUAGUAUCGGAGACAGUGAAAUUCGUUGUUUAAGUAAUACUAAAACUUUAACACAUUUAUAUUUGGAGUAUUCAUCAGAGUUUUCUGAAUCUGAUGAUACGUUGCCUCGACGAGACAUCUUUCAAGAGCCUACGUAUGAGGAUAGAGUUGUAGCACAAUAUGCAAUGGAUGAAAAUCAAUUUAGAUGGAAUGAUCAUUCACAUAAUCGAAUAACUGAUAGAUCUAUUUGUUCACUAGGCAGUUAUGUAUGUGAUAGAAGGGUUUUAGAUAAUGUAUCCCGUAAUGUUUUAUAUGAAGAGGAAGUUCGAGUUUUGAAUAAUCCAUAUUUAAAAACUUUAGUAAUACGAAACUAUCCACUAGUAACGAAUAAAAGUUUAGUUCAUCUUGCGGCAAAUGCUAACAAUUUGGAGUAUCUAGAUGUUACUGGUACAUCAGUAACUGAAAGUGGAGUUCAAACUUUUAAAUCACAACGACCUAAUGUCACACUUAUUUCAUCUUUUGACAUCGAAACUUAAAUCAUAUUAAUAAAUAUAUAAUAAACUGUACAUUACAUGAUUUAAUAAUAACUGCCAUGCCAUAAUGCUAAGGCAAGAAUUUUUAAUCACAACACAGUGCAAUUUCAAAAAUAAUCUUGAAGAAGCAAAUAUGAUCGUAUGAUCUUGAACGUUAUGACAACUGUACAUAGGAUUUUUUUUUUUAAAUUUUGUCUUUCACCAUUAUUUUGUUCUCGAACGUAUAGAUUUGAAUGUAAGACUGUUUUAUUAUUUUUUUGUGGUAAUAUUAAGGAAAUUUUAAUUUAUCUCAUAUGAAAUGAAGUGAAAUUAA